CCCGCCACACGUGGCGCACAAUGCCGUCCAAACAACUUGGACUCGUCGCAUGAAUUACACGCAGAAGCAGUCUCUUGGAGAGAACAUCCGUGGAAGUUUGUCAAUAAACUGCGUUCUAUCAUCGUUUCCUCAUGAAAACCACUAUGGGACGAGAAUCACGGCAUUACAGAAAACGGUCGUCCUCCAGAGGCCGGUCGGGUAGCCGGUCCAAGAGCCGCUCUCCGGACAAACGAUCCAAGAAGGAAGACCGCUCCGGGAACCGAGACAAGGACCGUAACCGCAAGGAGCGUUCCCGCAGCCGGGACCGGCGCAGGUCGAGGUCCAGAGACAGAAAGCGGCCCAGGCGCUCUAGGAGCAGGGAAAGGAGACGGUCUAGAAGCAGAGAGCGGAAGAGGUCAACCAGUCGGAACCGGGGUCGUAGGUCUCGAAGCAACAGUCCAAGCAAAAGCAGGAAGACUGAUGAAAAGUUGGAAGGUGGAGAUAAUGGUUUGUCUAAGAGCAAAGAGAAAGAAAUUGAUGUCUCCGAAAAGAAAAAGACAAAGGAAGAGAAAGAGGACGAAAAAGUUGAAGAUCAAGACUUUGACCAGAAUAAGCUGGAGGAGGAGAUGAGGAAGAGGAAGGAGCGUGUGGAGAUGUGGAGGGAGGAGCAGAGGAAGAAGGCCAUCGAGAACAUUGGCGAGAUCAAGAGGGAGCUGGAGGAGAGGAAGCAGGGCAAGAAGUGGAGUCUGGAGGACGAUGAAGAUGACGAUGAGGAAGGAGGUCUCAUUCCCAUGGAAGGAGAUGAGGAGGAUGAGGAGGAGGAGGGUGAGGGCAAGGAGGAGAAGAAGGAGAGCGAGAUGAAGAAGGAGAGCGAAAUUAAGAAGGAGAGCGAUGUAAAGCAGGAGAAGCCCGAGGAAGAGGUGGAGGAGGAGAAGAAGGAGACUCCCAUGGAGCUGGAGGAGGAGGCGAUGGAGGAGGAAGAGGAGGAGGAGGAGGAUGAUGUGGACCCCUUGGAUGCUUACAUGGAAGGCGUGAAGGAGGAGGUGAAGAAGUUCAACAUGGGAGGCAUGAGGGGAAACGACAAGAGAGGCAUGAUGGUGACCAACGUCACGGUGGUAAAAUCCAAGAAGGGGUCUCUUACCCACAAGAAGAAGGGCGAGCUGAUGAUCAAUGACCAGGAUGCCAUGGAGUACUCCUCUGAGGAAGAGGAAGUGGACCUGCAGACGGCUCUGACAGGCUACCAAACCAAGCAGAGGAAGGUGCUGGAGCCAGUGGACCACCAGAAGAUCCAGUACGAGCCUUACCGCAAGAACUUCUACGUGGAGGUCCCCGAGCUGGCCAGGAUGACUCCAGAAGAUGUGCACUGCUACAGGCUGGAGCUGGAAGGCAUCACGGUCAAAGGGAAGGGCUGUCCUAAGCCCAUAAAGACGUGGGUGCAGUGUGGCACCUCCAUGAAGAUCCUCAACGCCCUCAAACGGCACAGCUACGAGAAGCCCACCCCCAUCCAGACACAGGCCAUCCCUGCCAUCAUGUCUGGGCGUGACCUCAUCGGCAUCGCCAAGACCGGCAGCGGCAAGACCAUCGCCUUCCUGCUGCCCAUGUUCCGACACAUCAUGGACCAGAGGCCCUUGGAGGAGAGCGAGGGCCCCAUUGCGUUGAUCAUGACCCCCACCAGGGAGCUGGCGCUGCAGAUUGCCAAGGAGUGCAAGAAGUUCUCCAAGACGCUGAACCUCCGGGUGGUGUGCGUGUACGGGGGCACUGGCAUCAGCGAGCAGAUCGCUGAGCUGAAGAGAGGAGCUGAGAUCAUUGUCUGCACACCUGGAAGAAUGAUUGACAUGUUGGGAGCCAACAGCGGACGCGUCACUAACCUGAGGAGGACCACCUACGUGGUGGUGGACGAGGCCGACCGGAUGUUCGACAUGGGCUUUGAGCCGCAGGUGAUGCGCAUCGUGGACAACGUGCGGCCGGACCGCCAGACGGUGAUGUUCUCUGCCACCUUCCCCCGGGCCAUGGAGGCGCUGGCCCGCCGCAUCCUGGCCAAGCCCAUCGAGGUGCUGGUGGGCGGCCGCAGCGUGGUCUGCUCGGACGUGCAGCAACACGUGCUGGUGAUCGAGGAGGACAAGAAGUUCCUGAAGCUACUGGAGAUCCUGGGCCACUACCAGGAGAAAGGCUCCGUCAUCAUCUUUGUGGACAAGCAGGAGCACGCCGACGCGCUCCUCAAGGACCUGAUGAAGGCCUCCUACCCCUGCAUGUCCCUGCACGGAGGCAUCGACCAGUACGACCGCGACAGCAUCAUCAACGACUUCAAGAACGGCGCGUGCCGCCUGAUGGUGGCCACCUCGGUGGCGGCCCGGGGGCUGGACGUCAAGCAACUCAUCCUGGUGGUGAACUACAACUGCCCCAACCACUACGAGGACUACGUGCACCGCGCCGGGCGCACGGGCCGCGCCGGGAACAAGGGCUACGCCUACACCUUCAUCACGGACGACCAGGCCCGCUACGGAGGGGAGAUCGUCAAGGCCCUGGAGCUCUCUGGGUCCCCGGUGCCCCCUGAGCUGGAGAAGCUCUGGUCCUCCUUCAAAGACCAGCAGAAGGCUGAAGGGAAGAGCAUCAAGAGCAGCAGCGGCUUCUCGGGGAAGGGCUUCAAGUUCGACGAGACGGAGCACGCCCUGGCCAACGAGAGGAAGAAGCUCCAGAAGCACGCGCUCGGCCUGCAGGACUCUGAUGACGAGGACGGGCCCCUGGAUAUUGACGAGCAGAUCGAGAGCAUGUUCAACUCCAAGAAGCGGGUGAAGGACCUCUCGGCGCCGGGAUCCUCCGGAGGCUCGGGCGGGGCCAUGUCCUCCUCUGGGGGGGUGACCAGCCUGGGCCCGCCCUCCGCAGGGAACAUCCAGAAGCUGGAGAUGGCCAAGCGGCUGGCGCUCCGCAUCAACGCCCAGAAGAACCUGGGGGCCGAGGCUCAGGACGUGAUGCAGCAGGCCACCAACGCCAUCCUGCGCGGCGGCACCAUCAUGGCGCCCUCGGUGUCGGCCAAGACCAUCGCCGAGCAGCUGGCGGAGAAGAUCAACGCCAAGCUGAACUACACGCCGGUGGAGAAGCUGGAGGAGGAGCGGCAGGCGGCGGAGCAGGCCGAGACGGUCAAGAGAUACGAGGAGGAGCUGGAGAUCAACGACUUCCCUCAGACGGCGAGGUGGAAGGUGACGUCCAAGGAGGCUCUCCAGAGGAUCGGGGAAUACUCUGAGGCUGCCAUCACCAUCCGGGGAACCUACUUUCCUCCUGGGAAGGAACCCAAGGAGGGGGAGCGCAAGAUCUACCUUGCUAUUGAAAGUGCAAAUGAACUGGCUGUGACGAAAGCCAAGGCAGAAAUCACCAGGUUGAUCAAGGAAGAGCUCAUCAGACUACAAAAUUCUUACCAGCCGACGAGCAAAGGGAGAUACAAGGUGUUGUAAAGAACAACGUGUCCCCCGGGAGUUCAGCAGCGCGGCUUCAUCUUCCACCACUUCACUUCAAUUCGAUGUUGCAUUUGUUUCGGCACAUUUUACACAUUUUUAUAAUGAUCCCUUCAAUUGCAGUAUAUUGUUAAAAUUGUCCCGUUUGCUUUUUUCUUGUCUUGAGGCUGUUUAACUUUUGUGUUCAGUGAUGUUUUAUCCAACCAGAUAUUGAUUAAAUUUAACAUUUUACUUUGCAAUUUCUCAAAUUGCAAUAAGUUCAGGUCAAUGUAAUUGUCUGCAAUUCUUUGCUGAAUGUAAGAUAUUUUUUUUAAUUUCCUGUAUAAUAGAAGUUUGGCUGUCUUCCGUAGGCUACAUUUUACUGGUCAUGCAACAUUGUCAAUGUAUGGUGAAAAUACAAUGGUUUUACUUUCCCCAAAAAUAAAAGUGAUUUAAAAAAAAAAUAAUAAUCUA